UUUGAUUCGUAUUUUAGUGGCAAAAGUGGUGGGGCAAAUUUCGGUCUCCAUUUAUCCUUCCUCUUACUCGCGUUAGUCCUCGAAUUUUCGACGAGAAAGAUCAUGGAUUCGCUAUUGAGGACUGAAUAUUUGAGUCAAAUGCAUUUUCCUUGAAACCCUCAGGACUUAGAUGAAAUAGUGUGACAUGAAAUCGAAUUUUGAUGUGUUGCGGUGACGAGUUGCGAAGGACAACAUGCCCAAUAAUGACUGGGAUCGAUUUCUCGGGAUUGUCUUGCGAGUCCCAUCACUGUUCGUUCUCGAUGAACUAUUCCGGGCUGCAUUCGGAGUCGCGGCCUAUUAUUCGCACUGGGAAAACGAAGAAACUUUGGGCGACUCGCCUGGCCUGUCGGCGGGCAACGAGACACUUUCGGAGGCGAAAAAUUUGACCAGAGAAGAAGUUAGAGACGGGGUUCCUUUUCUGAGCAUCGCUUUCCCGUUCAUCUUGAGCUUGUUGCUGCACGCUGUGGCUGGAAUAGCGGCAUGCGUUGUAUUCCUGCUGCGCAUUCAGAAGCUGAAGACGUUGUACCUGUUCGUUGCCUGCUGCGUGAGCACGUUUAUCUCAUAUCAACUGAAUCUUCGACUCAUCACCCGCGUAUUGGCGAGUGAUCAACAAGCAUCCGUGUUCAGGUCGCUGUUGUGCUUGCAAGUGUCUGACUUCUUGAACCCCGCGUCCAUCAACAACGUCAUACUCACAACAUUCUGGCUCCAAGUGGUCCAUCAGCAAAUAUUCAUUCGUACUUACAAAAUGCCCUGUUCGUGCAAUUUCGGGAACUUGGAAAAGUUGGCUGGGUUUUCGCUGCUUUUACCGCCAUUUCUAGUGGCGAUAUUGCCGCCUAACCAUAGCAUCAUCUCGCAACUGCCGAUUGUGUGUGCGUGGACGGCGUUCUGUUUGCUGAAUUAUUCGCUGAUCGUUGGCAUUGCCGGGAUUUACCGGACCACGCUGCGACCUGGUUACCAAUGCAUCAGACGUUCCUUACGCAACAAUACUUUGGCCGGUGUUCUUCAGAUUGAAUUCAUCCGUCUGCAGGUACCGGAUGUUCUGCAGUUGUUCUGGAUUAUGCGAGCCAUAGCUUAUACCAUAUCAUAUGGAAUCGAGAAGAUGGAAUCUGGAUCAAUUUUUGCCGAAGGCUGGAGUGUCUCCUUCGCGGAAGUAGAAGAAUAUCUGAAAGCCGUGAUGGCGCAUGGUUGUGACACCAUUAUCGCAGUUCUGAGCAUGUCCUCAAUGGUUCACACAGUCUGUUACGCCAUCGGCCUGUGGUUCCACUCGUUCCUCCAAAUCAACGACGACGAACAAAAGAGCAUUGGGAUCGUGUUAUCCGUUCUGUUCUUCAUCCUAGCCAUGCAAACGGGUCUCACCGGGCUGUCCAUUGAGAAACGCGUCGUUCGUCUCUGUCGUAAUUUCUGCCUCGUUUUCACCGCGUUGCUACACUUCGUGCAUAGAAUGGUGAAUCCAAUUUUGCAGUCGCUCAGUGCUUCGCGGACGUCUGUUUCCAAACACGUGCGGCCUCUUGCGGUAGCUAGUUUUCUCCUCGUCGUGCCAAUUUUGAUGCUGACUUGGUUGUGGACGAAUUUCAAGCUCUCCACCUGGCUUCUCGCAGUCUCCGCAUUCAGUUUGGAAGUAGUGGUGAAAAUUCUCGGCACACUUACUAUUUACGCGUUGUUCCUGAUCGACGCUCAUCAAAACACCUACUGGGAAAAUUUGGACGAUUACGUUUACUACAUCAAGGCCCUUGGAAGCGCGAUUGAGUUUAUGUUCGGUGUGUUUUUAUUCUUGAAUGGAACGUGGAUAUUGUUGUUUGAGUCUGGGGGUGCGAUCAGGACUUGUAUGAUGUGCAUCCACGCGUAUUUCAAUAUUUGGUUGGAAGCUAGGAAUGGAUGGGACGCGUUCAAUAAGCGAAGAACAGCGUUGGGGAAGAUCAACAGUCUUCCGGAUGCGACGCCUAACCAACUGAGUGUAGUGAAUGAUGUGUGCGCCAUUUGCUAUCAGAAUAUGGACCAUGCCAAGGUUACCCAAUGCGGACAUUUCUUCCAUGGCAACUGUUUGAGGAAGUGGUUGUACAUGCAAGACAAGUGUCCGAUGUGUCACGAAGUUUUGUAUGGGACUGGUGGCAGAGAAGAGAAGGAAAGACCCGAUAAUGAAGUAGUUCAGGAAAACCCGGAACAAGUUCAAUGAGAAAAACUCGCGGACGGUGUAAUUGGGUAGUCAUUCUUGGACAUUAUCAAAACAACGGAUUCGCGAAUUGGGUUGAGUGUGAGAAACUCCUUGGGUUUCAAAUAUCAAUGUUUUUAGGAGAAUUUUACGGAGGCUGUGCCAUAGCCUUUUUGUUUUUGGUCGAACGGAGAAGAUGCUUUGGAAGGAAAGAUGAAGUUUCCAUGAUUUGGAAGAAGAAGAUGAAGAAAAAACCCUGUAAUGAAUGAUAACCCCGACUUGGUUGAGUCCUCUUGCUCAUUUUUGAUUGUACAGAAUGGGAGGGAAAAUGCAAACCGUGUGCUCUGCGUGGUAUGUUGCAUAAAUCAAGGUGAUGUUUUUGUGACA